AUGCCCCCACGGGUGCCCGCCCCCCCUCCAGGACCAGUGAAGGCCCGGCCCUCAUCUGUGCUCAUCUUCUCCACGGAGCUGGCCAAUAGGGCAGCGGAGGCAGUGACGCAGGGAAGGUCCGACUCCAUUCUCUCCUUCCACAAGCAAGAGAAGGGCUUCCUACAGAAGAACAACCAGCCGCCGGUGAGCCGCACCUUGUCGCAGCUGCUGCAGCAGCAGCAGCAGCCUCACCGAGCUACACCACCUGGAGGUGUCCACCAGCAAGUGGAGCACUCGCCCUCACACCCCCCACAGCCGCAGCAACCAAAACCGCAGCAGCAGCAGCAGCCGCCCUCCGAGCCGGGCCCCCACCCUCUUCCGCCGCAGGAGAAUGGCCCCAGUCCGCUGCCGGGGCCAGCCGCUGCGAGACCGCCGGCGGGGGAAGGCCCGACCAAUGGCACGGAGGCGGCGCCCGCUGCAUCGUCGCAGGCCCCCGGGAGCUGCAGCGGUUGCGCGACGCCGGGGCACGGCGGCGGAAUGCCGGCAAACCAGGCGGGUGGCCCUCGUGGCCCCGGCGGUCCCGGCGGUCCCGGCGGUCCCGGCGGCCCCGGCGGCCCCUGCGUCCCCGGCGGGCCGUGCGGCCCUUGCGGCCCAUGCGGCCCCGGCGGUCACCUGCUGGGGAACACGGAGGGGUUGUCGCUGGAGCAGCUGGAGCACCGCGAGAUGUCUCUGCAGAAGCUGCGCGACAUCCAGAGGAUGCUCUUCCCAGAGCAGAGCGACCAGGACUUCCCGCUGCGGACUAGCACUUCCAACUGGGGCCACAAGCCCAACCACGACGGCGUGGGCAUGAAGAGGGCACCCGACGAGCAGCUGAUGCCGCAGGGCAUGAAGAGGCCCGAGGACCCGCUGCAGGCGAUGAUGUCUCAGACGCAGAACCUGGGCGGCGGGCCGCUGGAGCCCGGCGCGAUGCAGCCAUCGGCCAUGCACCCCAACUCGAUGCUGUCACUGCAGGAGCAGCCGCCCGGGCUGCACCCCGGGGCCCUGCUAUCGAUGCAGGAGCACCAGGCCGGCCGGGCCAUGCAGAUGUCGCCCGGCAGCGGGCAGGAGCAGAUGACGCCGGAGCAGCUCGCGUGGUUCAGGCUGCAGCAGGAGUUCUACGAGGAUAAGCGGCGAAAGCAGGAGCAGGCCGUCCACCAGAGGGGCUUCCAGGAGAUGAUGAUCCUGCAGCAGCAGCAGCAUCCGCUGGGAGGGAUGCCGAGGCCGCCGCCCCCUCCGUACCGGAACGUUCCUGGGGGGCGGUUCCCCGACGGUAUGAUGCCCGGCAUGCGGGACCAGUUUGGCGACCCACUGGACUUCCCGGGCCCCAUGGUGGCGAGGAGCAUGGGCGGCUUCAACAUGGGACCGAGAUUCCCUGGGAAUGCCAUGCAGAGGUUUCCCGGCGGCGGGCGGAGGCUCAUUGACAUGGAUGGCCCCAUGAACCCGAUGCAGCAGCAGCAACUGCACCCGGGCCUCGCGUGGCAGGACGAGCUGAUGUCGGUGAUGCCGGGCGGCCUGGGGCAUGAGCGGAUGCCGGUGCCCGAGCAGCUGCUGCGCCAGCGGAUCAUGGAGAAGCGUGGGAUGAGAGGCUUGGGCAUCCCGGCGGGGCGAGGCAUGCCGCAAAACCCGGACAUGGAGCGGCUCUUCCACUCCCAGCGCCACCUGGAUCCGGCGAUGAACGCGGGGCUCUUUUCCCCCCUGCCCGGCGACCACUCGCCCGUGCCACACCCGGGCAUUGAUCCCGGUGUCCUGCAGAGGGGCAUGCUGAUGAGUCCCAAUAUGGGCGGCCCUCAGCCGGGACUCGGUGGGCCGGACUUUGAGAUGAUUAGUCCUGCCCCGAGAAACCUCAACCUCAUGUCCCCGCAGCAGCAGCAGCAACAGCAGCAGCAGGCGAUGAUAUCCCAGAAGCUGCGAGACUCCCUGCAGCAGAUACCAGAAGAGGACAUAUUGCUGGGACCGAUGGCGGAGAGCGCAGACCUCCUGAUGCUGGCGCAGCAACACCAGCACCAGCAGCAGCAGAAAAUGCUGAUGUCAGCGCAGCAGGGCCAGCACGGCAUGAUCAUGUCGCCGCUGCAGGACUUCCCCGGCGGGCCCGGCUCGUUCCCGGACAUCCUGCAAGGCAUGGAGGCGCUGGAGCAGCAGUUUGGGCCCGACCAGGCCAUAAUGGGCAACAACCUGGCGAGGCCCGGCCCCGUGGGCCCCGCAGGAGGGCCCAUGGGUAACGCGAGCGUCGUGCCGCCGCAGAGGGCGCUGGGACGACGGCCGGCAAAGCUGCCAUUGCCGGCUUCUCCGGGAAUCGGGGCGAUGAAGUCGCCGAGCCUGGGGCCCGUCCACUCGCCCGCCGUCAACUCGCCCAGCACCGCCAUGGCCACCCCACCCAGCGCCUCCAUGAAGUCCCCCGCGCAGGCACAAACGGCACUGGCGGCCUCUGCAUCUGGGAGCGUGGGAGGUGGAGGCAGCGGCGGCGGAGGAGGAGGAGGUGGCGGCGGAGUCGGCUCGGCUCUGAGUGGGCGGUCUCCGGCGGGCUCACCCGCCCACCUGCGCUCCCCAGCCUCGUCCCUGCCGGCACCGUCGCCCGGGUGGGCCUCCUCUCCCAAGGCUCUGCCGCCGUUGCCGAGCCCUGGCGGCGUGGCGACGCACGGCAAGGGCCCGGCGAGCCACGGCGGAACCCCGGCCCCACCGCACACCGGCAUGGAUGCAGGCACCAGCCAGGCGGGGCAGCUGGUGAGCGUGGCCGGCCCCGCCAACUUUCCGUGCACAACCAAGGAGCCGCCGCUGCCGCCACCACCCAGCUCUUCGCAGCAUCCCCUGUCGCUCAUGUCGCGGAUGUCGCAGUUCGCGAUGCCCAGCUCCACGCCGCUCUACCACGACGCCAUCAAGACCAUCGCAAGCUCCGAGGACGACCCCCCUGGGCCGGACCGCUCGCCCGGUCUCCCGGCAUUGCCGCCCCUCGCCGGUCCCGGCCUGAACACAGGACACAUGGGGCCUGGCAGGAUUCCUUCCCAGAAUACUCUGGGGCCAGGGGCGGCAGGAAGCCCCCUGGGGAUGAGCCUGGCGGGGCAGCAGGCCCUCGCGCACGGGCCCGGUGGGGCAGCCAUGCUGUCCGCUCACAGCCCGGCCGGAAGUGGGCCCAUGAGCCUGGGCGGCCCAAUGCAUCACUCCGAGAUUGUGCCAGGAUCCGCCUUGGCUGACGCCAUGAUGGCCGCCCGCCACCCCCAGUCUCUGCCCCCCACUCGCCUGGGCCCCCCUCUGCACCACGGCCAGCCACCCGCCGGGGCCAGCGGCCUGCACUCGCCGCAUCCCCCUCGCAUCCCCAUGGGGGGCGCUUUCCCCGGUCCGGGGGGGCCCGGACCUGGGGGGCUGCCCUUUCCCAGCGAGGGCAUGCCCGGUCCUCCGCCAGGCCCCAGCCUUUCCCCAGACAUGAUGGGCAGCAAGCACAUGGGGCCAUCCACUGACGGGGGAUUCAGCCCAGUGCUGCCUGGCAUCUCCACCGUGCUCAGCGACCCCGACCUCCAGGACCACCAACCGUCGGUAUUUGCCCAGGGCCAGCCCAACCCAGCGGGUUUCCCGGGCAUGGUGCCGGCCGGAGCGGGCAGCGGUGGUGGUCCGGGCGAGCCGGGCAUGCUGCGGCCGUCCAUGAGCGUGCCCAACCUCUCGGGGAGGGGCGGUGGAGGCGGUCCCAUCAGGGGACAGCCCCCGCCGCCGUCGCCGCACGGCAAGCAGAGGAGCCGGUCGGCGUCGGGAGAGGUGGUGCUGUUCGGGCCGCACGACGCGCUGCAGCCGAUGCCGCCGAUGCAGGGCCUCAUGGCGCCGCCGCUGGCAGGGCAGCCGCACGGCGCAAUGAUGCUGCAGGCGGCGCAGUUCCGGCAGAGGAGCAUGUCCGUGGACAUGCCCAUGGGCUUCAACAACGGGCCGGGCCACCCAGGAAACAUGCCCAUUUGA